AUGGAACCACUUUAUGGCCUUGACAACCUCCUCACAAGUGAAAGAUGCACAGUGCUAAACCGCAGCUUCACCACAUGUCCUGUAACUGUCUGGAUUCACCCAAGCAUCACAGGCCUGAUGACCCGUCUCACAUGCCGGCUAGGCACAGCUGCAUGCACACAUCUACCUCUCUGCGCAUCUCAUACCCACCUCUGCGAAAGCUCUUGCAACUACUACCCUUACAUAACUGCUACCCAUUCCAAGGUGUUCCACACCAUCCCCCGCCCAUUUCAUGCCCCCUCACGCCUGAUGUGGUCCAGUCUUCCUCCGCUCUACACACAAGUGGAUAUGGGCACGGCCAUCCUCACCGUCUGUGCUGUCCCAGCAGUCUACGUCACCAUCAAACUGUCAUACACUGCUGCUGGCCGUGGCAGCGACGGGAGAGGACGCCGCGACACGGUCACGUUUAAGGUGGUGGUCGACGUUGUCCACCUGCGCCACCUGGCCGGUGGUCGCACCCGCUCAUACAUGGGUCGUAUCGAGGCCGAGAAGAUCCUUCAGGUGGUGUUCCCGGAGCGUCCCGGGGCUCUGAGGCGCUUCCUGGACGUGGUGUCGCCCGCGUGGAACGCGACUUUGUUUCACUACCGCAACUCGGGGAACAGGGAGUCCAGUGUGCUGCUGGGGGUGCAGGUCCCAAGCUACGACGAGGAACGAUUCCAGGCGGCCCUUUCAUCUCUCCGGGGGGCUGGGGAGGAGGGCUUUGCGUUCAAGGAGCUGCAGGGGGCGGUGCGGGAGGUGUUUGACCAGUUCAUCCAGUGA